AUGGAAAGAUCUGAGCAGCCUCCCACCUGGCCUCCUCGCCCCACCGUCGAAGACGAGUCUCCUUCCGACAACCAAGCCGGCACUACUUCUGCACCUGAGCGCAACAUGUCAGAUCUUCCUAACGGCCCAACUGCCUCUGCAGAUGGCGCCAGUGCACGCAUGGCCACUCCUGACACUCCUGUCAACGACGGCGCCGAGAUCACUCCCCAAAACCCUGAGGAGCCCAGAACCCCUGCCAAUGCCGCACCUGCUGAACCCGUAGUCGACCGUGUCCAGAUUGUUCUGAAGGAUCAGAGCGGCACUCAGAUCGCCUUUGGAGUCAAGUCAAACACUCGCAUGGAGAAAGUGCAGAAUGCCUAUGCUGACAGAACCGGCCGCCCUGUCGGGACUCUGCGCUUCUACUAUGAAGGCACUCGUGUGGUUCCAGAGGACACCGUCGCAACCCUUGAAAUGGAAAACGAGGAUAUCAUCGAGGUGAUGACUGAACAGAUCGGUGGUGAAGGUGGU